AUGAGUUCGAUUUCUGAAGAAAAUCAACAAACAAGUGUCCUGCUUGUAACAGUUGCAGCUCAAGGUCACAUAAACCCCAUGCUAAGGCUGGGCAACCUUCUUGCGUCCAAAGGCCUCCACGUCACUCUCGCCACCCAUGACCCUGCCCUGAAAGACCACUCCUCCACCGUCGGCGGCGUCCACCUUGAGUAUUUUUCCGACGGCAUACCUCCAGAACACGAUCGACAAUCCGGUGAUAUUGAUUUCGCUAUGAACACGCUGGGUAAGUUUGGACCGGGAAACCUUUCCGCCCUGAUUCGAACUCACUGCCGUAAAUUCGCGUGCAUCAUCAACACCCCUUUCAUGCCAUGGGCGGCUGACGUCGCAGCGGAGUUUGCGCUACCCUGCGCCAUGGUUUGGAUCCAACCAUGCACAGUCUAUCAGAUAUAUAACUGUUUUUACAAUCGUCUCAACGAGUUCCCAACUGAAAAUAACCUUGAUAUGAUCGUGAAUUUGCCUGGGCUUCCAUCACUGUGUGCGGAGGAGCUACCGUCCUUUGUUCUUCCGUCGAAUACGUUUCGUAGCUUCGAUGGUAUAUUGCAGGAAGUCUUUCAUAACCUGCAUAAGGUCAAAUGGGUGUUGGGAAAUACGUUCUUGGAACUGGAGAAAGAUGUGAUAAGGUCUUUGAAUGACGCGGGUCAUUCAUUUUUGCCUGUCGGACCAAUUGUUCCGGCAACCCUAUUUGGCAAGGAAGACAACAUCGAUGGCGAUCUAAAGGGUACAAAUAAGUUUAAAUCAGGCAACGAGAAUGAUUGUUUAGAAUGGCUAGACAAGCAACCACCGGCGUCGGUUGUUUAUAUCUCAUUCGGAAGUCUCCUGUUUUCAUCUGACAAACAAAUAGAAAGCAUAGUAACUGGUUUGAAAAUUACGAAACGACCGUUUCUCUGGGUUGUAAAGCUGCCGGAAAAUCAAGAAACCCAAGAAUUUGAGAUCUUGGAGGAGAUAAAGGAACAGGGUUUGAUCGUGAGAUGGAGUCCACAAACUGCUGUGUUAUCACAUCCAUCAGUUGGGUGUUUCUUAAGUCAUUGUGGGUGGAACUCACUGAUUGAAAGUGUUACCGCCGGUGUACCAGUGAUUGCUUGUCCACAGUGGACUGACCAGCCGACGAAUGCUAAGCUUGUUACCGAUGUUUGGGGCAUCGGGGUGAAACUAAAUAAGAAUCUAGAAUCGGGUAAUUUUAAUGGGGAAGAAAUGGCAAAAUGCGUGGAAGAGAUUAUGACUGGGCCUAGAUCGGAGGAGUUCAGAAAGAACGCGGCGGAGUUGAAAAGGGCAGCAUAUGAGGCGGUGGCAGACGGUGGCUCGUCGGACAAGAAUAUUCAGUUGUUUGUAGAUGUAGUUUCUUCUUGCUCAUGA